CACAGUUGAUGAACGUCGCCUGAGCAAGAUGUCACCUUUCUUCUAUAUCCCUCGGAUUAAUUAGUUAGGGUUAGGGCAGACUAGGUAGACUGGCAUGCAUGCUAGCAUCACAUGACGUCAUGGUUGGAUCAGGGAAUUGUUUAUAUAGUUAUAUAUAUUUAUAUGUAUAUUUAUUUAUAUGUAUAUUUAUCGGAAUUUCCCCUUUAAAAAGACUAUAUAUUCCUCCAUCCGAUUACCGUCUGCUUUUUGCAUCCCACUAUCUCUGGUCUAUAUCAAACACAACCAGGUGUUGCGCCCCGUCACAAUCAGCCUCGCCCUGCAUCCGACCUUGGGCUAGUUAACUACUUGUCUGUAGCCCGAACCACUGACACACGCCUCCCCCUCCAUCCUGCGGUUUCGUCCCGCACCGAUUCAAAAAAAAAAAGAUCCUUUCCUCCGCUGCAUUAUCCUCAAAAUCCCUGUCAUCAUCACCACUUCUAGGCCAUCUAAUAUCAUCCCAGAUCAUCGUGGAGUUCUUUCUGCCUUGUAUUCUGCGACUGCCAUUGAGCUCACUUUUAUCGCCCCUGUACGCUGCGUAUAGACAGACACCCAACAUCCCACCAGCCCCAGCCUUACCUCCUGUGUCGCCACAGCCCGCUAUCGCCGAGCAAAAGACCAGCAAAAGUCGAGCAAAAGACGAGCAAAAAACGGGGCGCUUUGCGUCACAGUGCAGUCCUCUUAACUGGCCAGGCCAACAAGAGGAGCCACCAGGCUAUAUCUAUCAGAGGUUCCCCCCACCAUCGGCUUACGACCUAUUCCUCGUCCCGCUUUUUUAUUUUUAUUUUUAUUUUUAUUUUUAUUUUUAUUUUACUAUUCUCAGUAUCCGUCCACUUCAUUUAUUUUAUAUUUAUAUUUAUUUUCAUUGAGAAAUAUCUAUUACUCUGCAGAGAUCCCGCUUUUUGAAGUAUAUCGUGGUUUCGUCCACCGUCAUACCUGCUUUGACCUCGGAAUCUCCAACUUCGGGACGGAAGCAAGGCUCCCAAAAAAAGCCUACACCGGGUCCUUUCGGGGUGCAAUAGUGAUAUCCUUGCGCCAUGGCGUCGUCCUACUACGAAAACCACCCAUACAACCCCCAGCACAGACGAGCUCAAACCGCUGACUAUUACGAGCCGUCCUACGCUACCUCCCGUCCCCCGAAUAGCCGCUGGGGAGGCCCUGCCGACGUAGUCCGCCCUGACGAGACCGAGGACUCCCAGGUCGAAGAGAUUCAUAGAGAGUUUCCUCCGGGAUCAGCGAAUUAUGGCUACUCCCGAUCGGGUCACGGUGCAAUCUACGCUAAGCGGAGAACAGAUGACCCCAGUGUGAGACGUACUCAUUCUGUUGGUGGGCAUCGUCGGGAUCGUCAUGGGAAUUAUCAUGGUCGCAACGAGGACUACCGGCGUUCUCGUGGCCAUGGCCAUGGAAAUCGACGCGAUCGUGAUCGUGAUCGCAACUCCCGACGGUCAUACUCCCGUUCGCCUUCUAGAACCCCAUCUCCCAGACCCAGACGUCGCAAGUCUUUAAGCGAACAGGCUCUGGCUGCCUUUGGCCUGGGAGGAGCUACCGAUUCGCACUCAUCAAGGCGUCACGACGACGGCCGCCGUCAUGGCGCUAAUCGCGAUUAUUAUAACUCUGACUAUGAUCACUCUCGAACUCACCGCCGUCGCCGACGACACUCCCGCUCCCGCUCCCGCUCCCGUUCCCGCAGCCGCGACCGUGACGAUAAGCAAAAGGAGCUCACCCGGACUCUCAAAGCUGCGCUGACCGCUGGCGCAGCAGAAGCUUACCGCGCCCGCAAGGAACCUGGAGGCUGGACUGGGGAGAAGGGAAAGCGAGUAUUGACUGCAGCCAUUGGUGCAGGUGGAGCCAACAAGCUUAUUGGCGGCCACUCAGACAAGCACAGCAAACGCCAUCUCAUCGAGUCCACGCUAGCAGGACUGGCUACCAACCGUAUGGUAAACGGGCCUCGCUCCCGUUCUCGAUCUCGUGGACGAGCCCGGUCAGAAGGCCCCGGGAAAAAGGAGCUGGCUUCUGCCGGACUUCUGGCAGCCGCCGGCAAAGCUGCUUAUGACCAUUACCGCUCAAAGUCUCGAGACCUCGAUGCACGCUCCGGAUAUUCCUCCGAUGUUGAAAGUAGCCCGGACCGAUCGCGUCGUAGUCGGGGUGGCAAGAAGAGGAGCCAGAGCGUUUCAGAGUACCUAAACAAAGGCCUCGCUGCCCUCGGACUAGGGGACGAAAAGGAGCCUUCCGGCCAUGGUAGCAGGCGUCAUCGUGAAAGACGGCGAUACGAUGAGGACAGCGACUCUGACUUUGGGUACUCAGAUAAAUACCAGUCGCGGCGUCGACGAAGUGAUUCCCGCGACAGUUACUCCAGAGAUGUAGGUCGUCUCCGCCCCUCUUCUUCCUUCUCCUCCCUACGGGACAGGGGUGCUGUGAUUCCUCUCACUGGCAGCAACACUGGCGCCCCCUCCCUUCACGCCACCAAAUACCGCAACUCCAGCGGCAACAAUGAAAUGGACAAACACAAGUACAAGUACAAUGACAAUGACAAUGACACUAAUUCUGACUCCCACUCCCUCAGCACCGACGAGGAAAGACGCACUCAUAGGAAACUCCACCGACGCCAGCUCGUUACCACGGGCCUCGCAACGCUAGCCACCGUCCACGCCGGCCACAGCAUCGUCAAGAGCAUCAAGAAGCGCGAGGAACGCAACGCCCUGCUCCGCGAGGGUGAGAUCAGCCCGGACGAGGCGCGCAGGCAGCGCACGAAGAAUAAUCUAAAGGAUGUGGCGAGCGUGGCUGUCGCGGCGAUUGGGGUCAAGAGCGCGGUUGAUGAGUGGAAGGAUGCGGCUCAGCACCAUGCGGAAUGGAGAUCGUUCAAGCACAAGUGUAAGGAGGGCAGGAUGGAGAGGGAGAGGGCGAUGAUGGGCGAAAAGCUCAGGUCGAGGAGUUGGAGUCUGGAUGAUCAUGAUCGGGACCGUGAUCAUGGGCGAUCCUAUGAUUCACCGUCGUCGCUGGUGAGUGUGAAGGAUGCUCCCAGGUAUAUUCAUGAUGGGAGGGGAAAUUUGUUGCGGUAUUAAGAAUGAUACGGGACGAUUUCAUGUCUAAACUUGCGUUUUUUCCGGGUUAUGAUCAUGGUUUUAUGACAACGAUGGAAUUUAAAACUAGGUUUUUUGUAUAUUUUGCUUUUUUUUUCCACCCACCCAAAAUCCGUCUAUCUAUCAUGGCUACAGAGCUGCCAGGGCGGGCCAGGCUCUUAGUUACCACCUAGGCCAAAAUGACCAUAAGACGGCUGGCUCCUUGCCAGCAGCGCCCAGCAAACCAAUCUAUUUGCUAUGCUUUUGCCCAGAUUUACUUUGGCCCCCUAGUUAUUGAUUUUAAUUCUCUUCUGCUCUCUUCGACGAAUUGACGAAAUAAUGAACUGCCUCAUUCCCGGCCCUUCUCCGUUCCCAUUUUGCUUGGUUAUUCGGUUUUCCACGGCUUCUCUCCGUGUGGCUUUUGCUUUGCCUAACUUCUUGAUUUUCCUUCCUGCUUCUUCUACAUGCACCGCUACUAGCCGAGUUUUUGCUCGCUCUCUUGAGAUCCAUUUACCCUCCCACAAUUGCGAUAGCUACCCUGAGAAAUUUAACUGCAUAUAUAUAUAUAUAUAUAUUUUUAUUGUUACAAUAUGUACUACGAACAAUAGAUAGUUCAAUGUUGUGAAAUAUGUAAAAAGAAGAGCGAAGUCCCUCCGGCAUUCGGCAAUCGAGAGAAGCCAUUCCAGCAGCUCGGACCGGACGCCGAUCUGGCUGCGGAAAAUUGUGCGGGGGUUUUGAGCGUGGUUAAGUGGGGACAUACGCAGCGUACACACUUGCUAUGUACCUAUUCGCAUUUAAAGGGGGAGGAGGGUAUAUCUCAUUUUCAUUUUCAUUGUAUAGAUACAUAUAUAUAUAUAUAUUGCUGUGCACCUUUUUCUAGUUUACUUGCCGCAUUCUGUGCGGGGA